UGUGUGUGUGUGAGAAUCAUAACCACUAGCUUCUGCACUCAGAUAUGGCAACCCCAUUUUCAUUCACAUUCCUCCUCCUACUUCUCGCUCCUUCUUUCAUUCUCUCUUCCCCACUUCAAGAUCCAGAAUUUGUCGUCGAACAAGUGCACAAAAGCAUCAAUGCGUCAAGGAGAAACUUGGGUUUUCUAUCCUGUGGAACAGGAAACCCCAUUGAUGAUUGUUGGAGGUGUGAUCCCAACUGGGAAAAGAACAGAAAGCGUCUCGCAGAUUGCUCCAUCGGAUUCGGCAAGAAUGCCAUCGGAGGCAGAGACGGCAGAUUCUACGUCGUUACCGAUUCCGGCGACCACCCUGUGAAUCCCAAGCCAGGUACACUUAGAUACGGUGUGAUACAGGAUGAGCCAUUGUGGAUCAUCUUCAAGAACAACAUGGUGAUCAAGCUCAAACAAGAACUUAUGAUGAACUCCUUCAAGACAAUCGACGGACGAGGAACGAAUGUUCACAUCGCAGGUGGUCCUUGCAUCACAAUGCAGUUCGUGACCAACAUUAUAAUCCAUGGAAUCAACAUUCAUGACUGUAAACGAGGAGGGAAUGCCUACGUCAGAGAUUCUCCGACACAUUACGGGUGGAGAACCGUGUCGGACGGCGACGGAGUUUCCAUUUUCGGAGGAAGCCAUAUCUGGGUUGAUCACUGUUCUUUAUGGAAUUGCCAAGACGGACUUAUCGACGCCAUUCACGGAUCCACAGCGAUAACAAUCUCAAACAAUUACAUGAGUCGCCAUAACAAGGUCAUGCUUCUCGGUCACAGUGACAGUUACAAACGGGACAAGAACAUGCAAGUCACCAUUGCCUUCAACCAUUUCGGUGAACGGCUAGUCCAGAGAAUGCCAAGAUGCAGACAUGGGUACUUCCAUGUGGUGAACAAUGAUUACACUCAGUGGCAGAUGUAUGCUAUAGGUGGUAGUGCCAAUCCAACUAUCAACAGCCAAGGCAAUAGAUUUCUCGCUCCAAAUGAUGGAACUUUCAAAGAGGUGAUGAAGAGAGAGAAUUCACCUGAGAGUGUGUGGAAGAACUGGAACUGGAGGUCUUCAGGGGAUCUGAUGCUAAACGGUGCGUUUUUUACGCUGUCUGGGAAAGGAUCGUCUUCAAGCUAUGCUCGAGCUUCGAGUUUGUCUGCAAAAUCUUCAUCACUGGUUAGUUCUAUAACAGCAGCAGCUGGAACACUUGAUUGCAGAAAAGGCUCUCGUUGCUGAAUAUAUAUAAUUAAUAUGAGUUGAAGCCUACAUGAUCUGAUGACCUCACUUUCUGUAUAUUGAAUAUUGGUUUUUGACUUUUUAAGUAACGAUUUGCAUUGUAUUGUAACACUGUAACCUUAGCUUGUGUGGCUAUGGAAGGCGCUGGUGUAAGAAUUGAUAAGGUACAGCUUCAAUGUUCUACAACAAACCCAGAAAAAGGGGGUACUUUUUAUUUUA